AUGUACCUCAAGAGGAAGAAGCUGGACCACUCCAGCAGCAUCCACCUCCAGCUGUCACUCGCCCUGCUGUUGCUCCACGUCAGCUUCCUGCUCAGUGCCUGGGGGGCGGCGUGGCAGACAACGCAGGACCACCGGCCAAUCACGGCGGUGUGUCAGGUCCUGGGGGCGGGGCUCCACUGGGCGCUGCUGGCCACCUUCAGCUGGAUGGCCAUCGAGGGUCUUCACCUGUACCUGCUCCUGGUGCGAAUCUUCAACAUCUACGUCAAGAGAUACCUGCUCAAGCUGGCCCUGUUGGGCUGGGGUCUCCCCUCUGUUACAAUGGGUGUGUGUGCAGCCCUGCGUGUGUAUGGACCUCACCGGCUGGAGGAUGACAUGAACAACAGCUCCACAAUCUGCUGGUUGUCUGAAUCGAGUGCAGGCUCUGAGGGUUGGAGAAGUGUGUGCGUUUCAGUGCUGAAAUACCUGACUGUGCACGCCUACUUAGGGGCGGUGCUCCUCUUCAACGGUGUGAUACUGCUGCUGAUUGGCCGUGAGCUGUUGGGGGCGGGACCUCGGGCGGUGCAGGGGCGUGGCCGAGUGUGUCGCGACGCAGUGACCCUGUUGGGCCUCAGCUUUGUUCUGGGCCUACCCUGGGGUUUGGCCCUCUGCUCACACGGUCCCCUCACACACAUCGCCACGUACCUCUUCACUGUCCUCAACGGCCUACAGGGUGUGUUUCUGUUCAUGUGGGUUCUAGCGCUCACCUGCAGACGGAACCAGCAGGCCGAGUCCUCCUCAAACACCCAGUCCACUAUUAAAAUGGGGAAACUGGGAGCCUCAUAAUGACCCCUGACCCCAUCAAGACAGCAGUCCUGACCUGUGACCCCUG